CCCAUCAAAACCGUGGUUGUGCCACGUCACAUAAACAAAAAAGUGAAAUCAAGUGAUUGCUUUUGCUAGCCUAAAGAGGGUGAAUCAGCAAGUGAGGGUAAGGAGCCAUGGCCAGUGCUGCAUUUGCAUCAUCUCCACAAAUUGCAACAUUCCUUUCAAAAUCUUCUUCUUCUUCUUUCCAUUUCCAACCACGCUUUUCCUCUCUAAGUCUUCCAACAACUCCAUCUUUCUCUCCCAUUAUCACCACAUCCAGAAAACCCAUCCUUUUUCAAACAAACUCCAAACUUCUCCCACUUCCCGUCGCUGCUGCAACUGCCGAAGACGCCGCCGUUGAUGCUACAGAGCAAUUGGUCACAACCACCGAUGAUGGAGUGUCCGUAGUCGUAUCAGUUCUUUUCUUCAUCGCCUUCAUUGGCUUAUCCGUUAUCACUAUUGGGGUAAUCUAUUUAGCAGUAACCGAUUUUUUGACAAAGAGAGAGAAGGAGAAGUUUGAGAAAGAAGAAGCUAAGAGUGGAAAAAAGAAAAAGAAGAAGAAAGUUGUUAGGGCAGGACCUAAAGGAUUUGGUCAAAAGAUUAUUGAAACCGAGGAAGAUGAUUAAUUCAUAAGGUUCUCCAAUCCAUACUUGCAAUGAAAUCAGAUUUAUUUUCUCCUAUGGUUUAGCAAAUUGUGUAGUUAUCACGAUGUUUUAAUAGAGAAGCGAGAAACAUUAUCGUCAAUGACAUGUUUGAGGAUUCAUGUGUUGGUUUCCAUCACUGAUUUUUAUGGGUCAAACUUCAAUCCUAGUUUGUUA